AUGUCUGGUACUAGAUCAGGCCUGCAAGCUCGUUUAAAAACAAUUAAUUCGUCUAUUAUUUGGCAUCAUUGCUGUAUUCAUAGAGAAGCUUUAGCUGCAAAAAAUAUGCCAGAAAAAUUAAAUGAAGUUUUGCGUGAUAUUGUGCAAGUAGUUAACUUAAUAAAAGCUAGAUCUUUGAAUUCUCGCAUUUUUAAUUUAAUUUGUGAAGAUAUGGGAAGUAUACACAAGCAGUUGCUAUUGCACGCUGAAGUACGCUGGUUAUCGCGAGGUAAAGUUGUGUCACGUGUUUUUGAGUUAAAAAAUGAAAUUAGAAUGUUUUUUUUUAAUAACUCUAUGGAAGUUACUAAAUAUGCAAAUCUUUUCAAUAAUUUUGAAUGGCUCUGUACAGUGGCCUAUUUGGCUGAUAUUUUUAAUUCUCUGAACUCAUUAAAUAUUAGUUUACAAGGGAAAGAAGACAAUAUUUUUCACACGGAGGAUAACAUUGAAGCUAUGUUAAAAAAACUUGAGUUAUGGAGAAAACGUGCCCUUCAAAACAAUUUUAACCACUUUCCAACUCUUUAUGCAUUUAUAGAAUCAUCCGAUGAAGUUUUUCCUCAGGACACAAAAGAUAUAAUUAUUGAACACCUCCAAAUUUUGAAACAUUCAUUUCGAAAAUAUUUUCCAGUUCCUGACAAAAAUAAAAAUUGGGUAGUAGACCUAAGGCCAUUGAUGAUUUUUUCAACAACUUAUCUCUGUGAAAAAGGAUUUUCAGCUUAUGUGUACACUAAAAAUAAAUAUAGAAAUCGAUUAAAUAUAGAAUCAGAUUUACGUAUUCAACUUUCUAAUAUAGAUCCUAAAAUACCAGAUUUAGUAUUAAAGAAACAACACCAUCCAUCACAUUAA